GCUGGCCGGCACUACUCCUACAGGAGGCUCAGCCGCUUAAGGGCGAGGCUUCAUACGUGGGCGUCAGCGGUUUCGGCUACGGCGGCACCAACAGCCACGCGCUUGCGUUCGGCAAGAAUGUUGUCACCUCACGCGGUGGGAAUGGGAAAAACUCUGCCGAUACCCUUAUCCGCCAAGUCCGCGCCGCACCUCCUGAGAUUGCCAUGGUGGGGGACAACUUUGAAGACUGGCAGAGCAAUGGUGUCCCAUAUCUGUCGAUGAAGCCAGGCCAGUCCUACCAGGUGGACAUCAUGGAGGGCGGCC